UGUCCUCAAUCUCCCACAUUGGACAGGCCAACUGGAACCUCGCCUGGCCUCGACUCGUCGUCACCUGGCACCCUCACCUGCGUCUCCAAGCGAUGCAACCGAGCAAUGCUCACGACCGGCGCUCCGCUCCGUAACUGGACUCUUCUCCUGCUACUAUGCAGCCUGCACCCGCUGGCAUUCGCCGAGACGGCGGCGAAUGAGACGGCGACUGCUGAGGCGAGCGCUACUACUGCAUAUUCAGGUGCCACGACACACGACACUUUGCACCCUGCCUCGUCGCCUGCGCCCUCGCCCUCGCCCUCGUCUUCGCCAUCGCUCUCGCUACUGCCCACGAGACGGUACCCCAACAGCGAGAGCACGUCGCCGUACCGCACCAUAAACUACAUUACCCAUACGCUGCGCCAGCAAUGCGCAAAGACGAGCUGGUCCGCGCCCAGCGAGACAGCCACAGUCCACGGCACAGUCGUUGAAGGAGGGGCGGUGGCACGUCUCUACACUCCAGCCCCUGCCAUCGCCGAGGGGCCAUGGGACGCCGAAACAUUAUCACAACCAGACGCGACCGGCGCGGCGCCAAGCGCAACAAGCAGCGGGCACCCGGAACUCGAGCUCGAGGUCGACUCGCCCUUUGACAAUGCCAAUUUUCUCUCGUUUGAGGAGUGGAAGAAGAAGAACCUGGCAGAGGUGGGCCAGUCGCCAGACAAUGUGGGCCAGGCCAGACCAGCUGCCUCGAACCAGGCUCCCCGCCGCCGACCCGUCAACGUGAAUGCUCUCGACUCGCUUGGCGACGAGGGCGAGAUUUCAAUCGACUUUAGUGGCUUCGGACGUCCAGAGGAUGCGGGUGUGGCCAACGGCUUGCAGCAAGGCAGGCAGAAUGCCGAGGCGACAAAGGCUGCCAACGGCGAGGGCAAACCGGCGCCGGGCUCGUGGGCGCUGAGCAAAGAUGCGGGCAAGACGUGCAAGGAGCGCUUCAACUAUGCCUCGUUCGACUGCGCGGCUACCGUCCUCAAGACCAACAAGCAGGCAAAGAGCUCGUCGUCCAUCCUGGUCGAGAACAAGGACAGCUACAUGCUGAAUAUCUGUUCGGAGGACAACAAGUUUCUGAUAGUCGAGCUGUGUGACGACAUCUUGGUCGACACGGUCGUGCUAGCCAAUUAUGAGUUCUUCUCCUCCAUGUUCCGUCACUUCAGAGUCAGCGUGUCAGAUCGCUAUCCCGUCAAAAUGGAGAAAUGGCGGACGCUCGGCACGUUUGAGGCACGGAAUUCUCGCGAUAUUCAGCCUUUUCUCAUCACCGAGCCGCAGAUUUGGGCGCGGUACCUUCGCAUUGAGUUUUUGACGCAGUAUGGCAAUGAGUACUAUUGCCCGCUCAGCGUGCUGCGCGUCCACGGUACGACAAUGUUGGAACAGUUUAGGCAGGAAGAGGAAGAGGCAAGGGGUGUGGAAGACGACGAGGAUUUAGAGGCCGAGGGCGCCGACGUCAAAAAACCAGCUCUGGAUAGCGGGCCGUUGUCUCCAGAGAAAAUACCCCUUGAAGCGAUAAAAGACGAUGGCGCGAAACAUGUGGCCUCGGAAACCGUGAAUACUGGCGGCCAUCAGACGGUCUCUGAAGUCAAUACGGAACCAGAAAGCCAGCCAUCCGCUGAGCCCCAUGGCUCUUCUACACGCGCGAACGAGCCGCCCGCUGGCCAAGCCACAGAUGCGCCUCAAAGUCAGCAGGCCUCAGAACAGGGCUCGGCUUCGGUGCCAAUCAUUACGGAUGCCUCGGUUGGCAGAGUUGCAAAUGCCGUAGCUACUAGUGACAACAAAACACGCAUUGCGCCUCCGCCAACAGAAGUCUCUCCGGCUCACAGCUCGGAAACUGACUCUGUAGUGGCCGCUUCGCCCUCUACACCACCAACCAACAAUGCCGCAACAUCUGUGGUUGACUCGACGGCAUCGGCACCUCCAAGUAACUCGUCGGUUAAACCUCCUAGCAAUAGCACCGUUGCGCCCUCGCAGGCCCAAGGACGGGGCUCCGUUACACAGCCAAAUGCUCCCACGCCUUCAACCCAGGAAUCUUUCUUCAAGUCGAUACACAAGCGCCUUCAGUAUCUCGAGGCCAACAGCACUCUCUCAUUGCAAUACAUUGAAGAGCAGUCUCGUGCGCUGCGCGAUGCAUUCAUCAAAGUGGAGAAGCGCCAGCUCGCAAAGACGGAGAAGUUUUUGGACCAUCUCAACAGCACCGUCCUGAUUGAGCUCAAGAGCUUCCGCAACAUGUACGACCAGCUGUGGCAGAGCACAGUGAUUGAGCUGGAGAGCAUGAAGGAGCGGCAACGGUCUGAAAUGGGCGAGUUGGGGACUAGGCUGAGUCUGAUGGCGGAUGAGCUUGUGUGGCAAAAGAGAAUGGCUGUCGUACAGUCUACGCUCUUGCUGCUAUGUCUUGGCUUGGUGCUCUUAGUCCGGUCAGGCACGCUGGGGUCCAACGCAGAUGUGCCAAUUGUGCAGCAGCUCGGCAACAGAUAUACAAGCCUUUUCGAGUCGUCACCGCCACGCAACUCGCCAAACGCAUCUGGCAUGGCUAGGCGGCGCAACACGUUCCGCAAGAUGUGGCGAAGCGACACGUCUGCCAACCUCAGCGACCACCACAGCGACGGCCAAACCGCCAUCUCCGACGCCGAAACAGAUGGCCUGCGCAGCCCCGUGCAAGCCGCGCGAAGCUCCCGCACCCACGCCGCCCCAGACUCGCCCACCACCAUCAUCAGACGCGCCAUGCCUUCCUUCCAAAGACCCACCAGCACCCCAACCCGCGACCAAGACGCCAACACCAUCAUCAUGCCUCCCACGCCCGUCUCAGCAGACCAAGCCGCCCGCAUCCACGUCCUCGAAACCCAAUCUGGCCCCGCUACCCCCAACGGAACCCGCGACUGCCGCCCCUCGUGGGAAGAAGUCGAUCGCGCCAUGGACUUGCUCAAGGCCGAGGAUCGUCGCCACAAUCAGAAUGAUUCCCCGAGUCAGAGUCCUGCGAGAGACCGCGGUAGUAGUCAUAGUAGUAGUACUAGUACUGGGGGUAACAGUGCGAGUAUGAGAAAGAAGAAGAGAAGUCCACUCAGACGCGCGCAGAGUACUUUUGAUAUUGUGCCUGAUACUCAUGAUGAUGAUGAUGAUGACCAUGACCAUGACCAUGAUUCUCUAUUAUCGCUCUCGGAGAAGCAUGGUGGUAAGGGGGGUGGGUAAGGGGUUUGGGGGUGUAAGAUGGAUAGAUGGAUGGAUGUGGAUGUGGAUGCGUGGUUGGGGUGUUGGCUGGGGUGUUGGGUGUUGGGUGUUUCUUUUUUUUUCCUUUUCGCGACGUGUUUG